AUGGCUCAUGCUUGGCUUGACUCGCUCUCCGAGGAUUGGCCCUCGCAAGCCGGAUCCGAGACUUCUCCUGCCCAACUGCCGCCUCUGAAGCCGAAAGAUAAUAACAACACGCCAAACGCCAAAGGAUCCGGCAGUCGUAUACCUCUCCCCGUCAGUAGGAUAAGACCUUCAAGCUCUGGAAACAGCGACAAGAGCACCGGCGUCCUGAGCGAACGCAGCACCAAUGAUAUCAACCUUCCACUGUCCCAACGAGGUCCCUCUAAGCUUUCCCGCGAGAUCAAGCCCAAUGAUCAAUCGCGGCAAACGAGUCGCGCGUUUUCAGCCUCAACAAAUGGCUCUGUCAUCCACAAUACUGUACAUCAUAGAUCAAUCAGAUCAUCGCCCCUGCGAGGAACCGGCGACACCCCCGAAUGGAAGCGCAGGCUAGUGUACGGCGAUGUUGCUUAUGGCGAACAGCGGGAUCUCUUCUGCUCUGCUGCCACAGGUCUCGAAAACAUGUUCAAGCCGCCUUCUCCUCCCCAAGAUCAAUCCGUGGCCGAUCAAAGCGUGCGACAAAACACGACAAUGCCCUCUAGUCCGCCUCUUUUCCACCAUCAACAUGGGGAACCCGAGGAUGAUGAGGAGGAGUCAGAUGGCAGGAGCCAGAUGGACCCAAGCCCGAGCCCGAGCCCUAGGAUACGCCCGCCGCACAUUACCUACAAAAUGACCGACGAAUCCAUCGAUCAAAGCGAAGUGAGCCAGGCCAGCCCACAGCAAGACAAUAGUUAUGCCCAGGAGCCGAGUUUGGCGGCUUCUAUUUCAGGACUUGCACCGCCAAACGACGCUUCUCGGAAGACCAGCGGACAGAGUGUCAUCAGGAAUGAGGAUUUUAGUCCGAUUGUCCUCACGCUGAUGCGCCAGAAGCAGAAUGAAGCGAAAGAGAGUUCUGCCCCUACCGAGCUCCCGGUCGACCAGCUCCGGGAUCGCCUUGAGAAAUUGCGAAUAGAUCAGAUGCUUUUGGACUCACAGGGUGAGCUAAACUUUGAUAUGGACGGCAGUCUAGAAGAUGGGGAUAGCGAUAGAGUAGAAACGACGGAAGAUUAUGCGCGAAAGGGAGGCUUCCUCAACAUGCGCCGUGGUGGCCGGUCUGGCGAUGGAUCUUUCAGGUACAGGGGUCUCAGUCCUGGCAUGGGCGUUGACACUUCCGAAAUGCUUCCUGAAGAGUCUCUCCAGGCCAGUACGCCCAAACAGUUCCCCAGCGUGAGAACGUAUUCCCCCGGGUACACCUCGAUUCGAUUCGGUUCACAGAGCCCCCCCCCUCCGCGCGUGCCAAACCCGAGUCCAGAGAAACCUGGCUUUGCGGAAACUAAUAGCACGAGUCCUCUGAAACUAUUCGGUCCGUACGAUACAUUCACAAACCAAACCCUGCUUCGCCGCAUCAGCCAAUUCGAAGAUCAAAUGUCCGGAUCAUCACGUCAAUCUCUCAGCGGUGAAUUCUCCCAACCUUCUGGAAACCGAAGACCUCAUACCGCCCCUGGCGACUACCUAUCUGUGCCAAAACAACCAACAGCCACGAGCUCUCGAUCUGUCAGUCAAUUUGGUGCUGGAGACCUCGAGGGUUACCAAUUCAACCAAGACUUAUCCAUCCGCCUUGAGGAGGAGUCCCAAUUUUAUGAAGACGACGAAGGGGUUGAAGAUCGAUCAGAUGAUGAAGGUUCUGUCCUUCGAUUCAAGCACGUAGCAGGCUCGCCGAUGCCAGAUGAGGCGUCGAUGUUUGUUCCCAGGAAACGAGCAAAGUCUGGCACCACGACUGCGUCGUCUUCCAAGCACACCCCGUCAGCCAGCGAAGGAAGCGUUCAAAGAGGAAACGUCCAGUUCGCGGGAGCCGAGGCAUUUAUCCUAGGCACCCCGCAAAGACGUGAUGCAUCCGAAGGGAAGCGGCCUCGUACCUCGCCAUCCAAGGACCCGACGCCCAAGCGGCGGAGGACGCUACACAAAUCGGACAUUGCGUAUGGAAGGGAAGAGCGAUAUGCACUCCUGGACACCGUCCAGGAAACUCAUGCAUUGAUGCAGAGUAUGAUGGGCAAGAAGCGCAAAGACGCUCGUCCAGGCAGUUUGCAACAAAGAGCACACCCUAGCGUGCUGGCCACGCGCCAUAUCCUUCGGCCACGAACUCCCACCCCGAGCUCGAGGUCCUCCCUGCAAGCUGGCGAGUUCCCCUUUCAAGAUAAUUUUCUAGAAGACUACGCCGAAGCCGAUGAGCAGCCUCAGCGACGCACUCCUCACCGUGGAUCUCAGUUUACAUCCAGUGCGAAUGAACGCAGUGCUACUAUCGACACAGACCGUAAGCCAUCUAUCAGAACUCAGGACUUCCUGGAUGAGGCUGGUAAGAUCAUGGCCAUGAUUCGAAAUGGCGUCAAAGCCCCUAGCGGCCUGACCAGCGUGGAGGAAUCCGAUGCAGAAUAUGGCGAGCCGAGUCCUGCUUUUGACGAUUCAUACGAAUCAACUAGAGAACCUUUGUCCCGACCUCCGAGUCGUGAAGGGAAACCAGUGCAGAGAGCGCCGCAGCGCCAGGAGAAUCCAGAGAUUCUUGAUUACCUCAAGAAAUAUCAAGAGCUGAGCGACAUGGGGGACGUCAUUACAUCUUCGCUUAGAUCUAUGGACCAAGCUCAAGAUGCAAUCCGAGCUGCGCAAGAGGUUGAGCGACAGAUCGAAGAGAGGAGUCGGUCCAGAAACAAUGGUGAUGACCUCCAGUAUCUUGGGGGAGAUGAAACCAUCAGCGACCCUCCCAAUAUUCGGAUCAGCGCAAAUCCGAAUAAGCAGCGAGAUGGUUCAGAUGAGUCUGACGAUUUCGCAACCCACUCGUCUGGGGCCUCCACCAACCACACCAUGCACACUGGCUCCUCCCGAGGCUCCGAGUCAAGGAAAACGAUCGCGCCACAGAGCGUGUCACAUCUGAUUCCGGAUCAGGUCGGCAGCAUGUAUCUUGAUCGCCAGCAAAAUAUUUGGAUCAAACGGAAGGGCGAGAGCAUCCGACCUAGAAGUUCUCAUGUUGUCAUCCCGUCCGAGGACAGUGAAGACGACCCUUUUGCAAGCAUUCCCGACUUGUCCGUCGACAUCACGAAAGAGAUGCUACACUUGCGAUUGGUGACAGCGCAGAAGGAGGCUGAAGAGCGUGAAGCGAACAUGUCGCCAUCACCUAAGGGCUCUAUAGACACGCCUCGGAGCUCAUCCGUCAGAGGCUUUGUGACGCUGUCGCCCGAUGCAGCAUUGCCCCGGGACAUCGCGCUGAAGGCAAGAACUGAGUUCCACAAGCUUGAAAGCAAGGCAGGAGACGGAGACAUUGAGCAUGAGAUCCAGCUCGACGAGGAUCGCAUCAUGGAUUCCUCCCCAUCUCGGAGACGAAUGACGAUAUCAUUUUCUUCGCCCAUUGCCUCUAUCAUCCAGGAUGUCGCCGCUGAGGAUAUCGACAGCCUUGAGGACGACGAGGGUAGUUUCGUGGAUGCGGACUCGAUGAUAGAGGAGUCCAAACGAGGCAAAUACCAAAGCUUGACAAAGACUGCACGGCGGACUUUACUGCAACCACGUCCACGUACAGCCCCAGCUCGUGGUCCAUCACGGCAAUUUUCGCUUCGUGGCCAGUCAUUCGUCCCACGGCCCGUCUCCCGAAUUGAUGAAAGGGAAGAGGACAGCAUAGCUGGCGAUAAGACCGACGAACUUCAAGUCAGUAUCUUAGGGGAGAACAGUGCUUUGAGCUACGUCUCCCCCAAGAACCAAGAGAAGAGUCUAAGUUUCAUCAUCAAGACUCCCAGCAAGACAAGAAUGGGUGGCCUUUAUCCAGACGCAAGUGCCAUCAUUAGUCAUAAUGUUGGCAACCUGUCCCUGAGCCCCAUGUCAGAAUUUACGCUGAACCACCAUGAGAAGUCCUUCGGUUUUGAAGUCAGCUAUAUUGUGGAGGACCAGCGUCUUGUCACUGGCGACGGCUCUAAGAAAGUAUUGUCUUUGACUGUUCGUGAGCUCGUCGAUCGCCUGACGGAAAUCGAGCCAUUUGAGCCAUACUGGGAGGACUUCACGGAACUUGACAUGAGCGAGAAGCGCUUGUCGAGCCUUCAUAUGCUGGACGAGUUCUGUGGCCGAUUGACGAGCCUUGACGCGUCUAACAACAGUAUUGGCCAUCUUGACGGAGUGCCAGCUUCGGUCCGACAACUAAAGAUGACGCACAACUUGUUGACUGAGCUAACGUCAUGGGAUUAUCUCGCCAACCUGCAAUACGUCGAUAUCUCCAACAACGAUCUGUCUAGUUUGUCAGCGCUGAAGAACCUCGUUCAUCUUCGGAGCCUGCGGGCCGACAAUAACAAGCUCAUUUCUUUGGAUGGCUUGAACCAGCAUGAUGGGCUGCUGUCCCUUCGGGCGCGCAACAACCAGAUUGAGGUGGCCGACUUUGAUGGCACCAAGCUACACCGAUUGACCGAACUUGACCUGACCGGCAACAAAGUCUCGGAGCUUCGUGCACUCGGGCAACUCUCUUCUCUGCAGAUGCUCAAACUCUCAAAGAACUGUCUCGAAGCAUUUACCGCGGAGAAUGCACAGGGUCUCGACGGAUUGCGGUACCUCGACCUUAGCGACAAUGGUAUCCUGGAGCUUGAUAUUAGUCGCUUGCCAGCCGUCCGCCUGCUCCACGCCGACAGGAACCGCAUCAGCAAGAUCAUUGGUUUUACGAAGGCCCGCCAUUUGGACAGCUUGUCUCUAAGAGAGCAGGGUGGUGAUGCGCAGCUAGAUCUUUCCUUCCUUUCUUCGGCUUACGAAGUGCGCAAGCUCUUCCUUUCCGGCAACUACAUUGGCACAUUUGAGCCCAAGGUAGACUUCCUCAACCUGCAGCUACUUGAGCUAGCCAAUUGUGGGCUCCGCUGCCUACCGGAAGGGCUCGGCCAGUUGAUGCCGAACCUGCGCUCGUUGAACCUCAACUUCAACGCCGUUGCAGACCUUUCACCCAUUCGAUUCGUUCCCCGGCUCAAGAAACUUCUUGUUGCUGGUAACCGCCUGGCAGAUUCGACAACGGUCACAGAACUUCUGACGGACUUCCCGCACCUGACUCAAUUGGAUUUGCGGGACAAUCCAAUCACGCAGGGCUUCUACCCACCAGUCCACGUAACGGUGUCGGCGGACCGAGGUCACGUUGCGGACCCAUUCACCCUCCCAGAGGCCGAUUCGGAGAGGGAUGCCAUGUUUGCCCGGCGUCUUGAUGAGACGACUCGUCUCCGGCGUCGACUUUACCAGGUUGUUUUUGUGGGAUGCUGCAAGAAGCUGAAGCUGUUGGACGGGCUUCCCGUCAAGCGCCAGCAUAUGCUUGCCCGCGACCCUUCGUUUCAAGCGUUGGUGAAAGAAGGUCUGCUUCCAAGCGAUAUCGCUCAGGUGCCGAUCGUUGCUCCGGCAGCCGAGGCUCCCGGUGAGGCACCGGCCUCUGUCUCGAUACAAGCCGACGAAAGCAGCCGCUGGCACGCAGAGGAUAGCUUCGCUUGA